AUGCAAAAAUCAUAUCCUCUCAUAUCUUCAUCGUCGCAAUCAACCGAUAAUUACACAGUGGAGAAAAUAAAGUUUCGUUUACAAAAUGAUAAAUCUAAUUAUCAAAUUAUUGGUAAUAAUAUUUCCAAAUGCAAAUCGAAUUGCUGGAAAUUCUUUGGAUUUCCAGCAAAGAGAAAUGAAGGUGAUAAUUAUGAACGUAUUCCAGGUUUUGUUUCAUGUCGAAAUUGUUUGAAAACAUACCGUUAUACAUCUACAACUGGUACUCGUCAAUUGAAUUCACAUCCAUGUGUAUCUGAAUCUUUUACCAAUUCUGAAUCAACAGCACCCGUUAAAAUUCAAACAAAUCUCAACCUUAUGUCGAAAAAUCCGAAGCGAAUCAAGUUGAAUGAUUCAGAACUAAAUUAUUUCAAAUCUUUGAUGGCUAAAUGGAUUUGUGAAGAUUUGAGACCAUUCGCUAUUAGCGAAGAUAAAGGUUUAAGAACUGUUUUUCAAGAACUCGUUAAUUUUGGAUCUAAAUACGGUAAUUUUGAUGUACAAAAUAUCGUGCAGGGUGCCGACACAAUGUCGAAUUAUGUGUAUACCUUAGCCCAUGAAAGUCGACAAGAAUUGAAACAGAUGUUAAAGGAACCUUUCGAAAAUGAAGCUGUGUGUGUAAGUCCUGAUAUGUGGUCAGAUCGCCAUAAACAAUUAUCGUAUUUGGGUUUAUCAUGUUCAUUGGUUACUGCUGAUUACAAAUAUGUGUCGUUUGAUUUAUGCUGUCGUCCUUAUUAUGAAGUUGAUCAUACAGGUGACAAUCUUCUUACGGCAAUCCAAAGUGCACUUGAACUCCUGGAUCUCAAUGAUUUAUCCAAACUAAAUUUUGUUUCUGAUCGUGGACCCAAUCUCGUUAAAGCUCUUAAACCAUAUCAUCCUAUAUAUUGUUAUGCUCAUCGAUUGAAUAAUUUAUUAAAACGUUCAUUUUUCCAAUCAACACAGAAACAAAAACAAAAAGAAACAUCGGCAUCAGAAGCAUCAGCAACUUCAUCAAAAACUAAUAAUGAAGAUGAUUCAUCAACAUCAUCAAGUGAAGAUGAAAUUGAAUACAGUUUACCAGUUGUAACAAGAAAAAAGAAAACCAAAUCUAAAGUUGCUGGUGCUCAAGAAAAUGGCGUCGAUCAUAUGAAACUACAACUGGGUGAUUUAGAUCCAGCUGCAAAAACGAUUAUACAAACAAUAGUCAAUUGUAAGAAGCUAGUGAAAUACGUUAAAAAGGCUGGAUUGAAUAAAGAUAUUCAAGAGGCUGGUGGUGUUUCACUUCAACAAGCCACAGUAGUACGAUGGUUAUCUUUGAUCGAAUUACUUGAAAGUAUAUUACGUUCUUACAAACAAACAAAACGUGUUUUAACAGUUCGCAAGCAACAGUCAAAAAUAGCUGUCAUUGACGAGAAAAUUGUUGAUGGAUUGAUUAAAUUACUGAAACCUUUCAAAAAAACAUUGAAAUUAAUUCAAACAGGAAAUAGUCCUUCGUUGUAUAUGGUGCUUAUAUGUACAUUAAAUCUUCGAAAAUCAUUAUCUUCAUUUAAGAAUUUAAUUGCAUCAUCUGAUUUUGAGAAAAAUGAUCUCGAUGAAAGCAACACAAAUGAUUUUGAUGAAGAUUUAGUUGAAAGUGAAGGAUUAAAAAUUCUUCGUGAAAGAAUCCUUCACCUUCUGGAUCUUAUGUUUCAAUUGGAUGUGCGACAUAUAGCUGCAACACUGUUACAUCCGAAGUAUCGACAACUACGAGGUUGUUCUAAUGAAGAACGUAAUCAGGCGUGUGAUUAUAUUCGUGAAGAAAUGAGCAAAAUAAUACGAAACGAUCAAUUCAAUGAUAUAUCUAUAGUUGAACCAACAACAAAGAAACAAAAGAUUGGAAAAUCAAUACUUGAAGAAUAUGAAGACAUCAGUGAGAAUGAAUUCGAGAUGGAGGAGAAUGAUGAAGUUUCUGAUUUCGAUGUUACUGGCACUAAACCAUUAAAAUCUGAUGAAUUGAAUAAAUAUUUGGAUAUGUAUAUUGAUAAAGGAAAUUUGUCCCAAAAUCCUCUUGAUUUUUGGAGAGACAAUCGAGUUCAUUAUCCUAUUUUGGCAAGAGUAGCAAGAAAAAUACAUUGCAUAUCAGCAACAUCAAGUGCUGUUGAGCGACAAUUCAGUAGCGCUGGUUUUAUCUUAAACGAGAGGAGAACAUCUUUAGAUCCAGAACAUAUCGACAAUAUUUUAUGUAUUCGAGCAUUGGAAAGAUUAAAACAAUAG